AUGUCUGUUACAACAGUUACAAAAACACAAUCUUCCAAAAAAUUGCCUUAUAAAGUUGCGGAUAUUUCACUUGCCGAUUUUGGACGUAGAGAAAUAAUUAUUGCUGAAAAUGAAAUGCCUGGACUUAUGGCUAUGAGAGAAAAAUAUGGAACUCAAAAGCCGUUGAAAGGUGCCCGUAUUGCUGGGUGUUUACAUAUGACUGUCCAAACUGCUGUUUUAAUUGAAACUUUGUUGGAACUUGGGGCGGAGACAAUAAUCUUUCCAAAUGGCCAACCAUUAAAUAUGAUUUUGGAUGAUGAUGGAGAUUUAACAAAUUUAGUUCAUAACAAAUACCCAGAAUUAUUAAAUAAAAUAAUUGGAAUAAGCGAGGAAACGACAACUGGAGUACAUAAUUUAGCUAAAAUGUUGGAAAGCGGGGAAUUAAAAGUAGCUGCAAUAAAUGUUAAUGAUUCUGUUACAAAAUCUAAAUUUGAUAAUUUAUAUGGAAUACGGGAAUCUUUGCCCGAUGGAAUUAAACGGGCAACUGAUGUAAUGCUUGCUGGAAAAGUAGCUGUUGUUUGUGGUUAUGGAGAUGUUGGGAAGGGUUCAGCUGCUGGUUUACGUAAUUUUGGUGCUAGAGUAAUUAUUACUGAAAUUGACCCAAUAAAUGCUUUACAAGCAGCAAUGGAAGGUUAUCAAGUAACAACAUUAGAAGAUGUUAUUGAACAAGCACAAAUUAUAGUAACAACAACUGGCUGUAAAGAUAUUGUACGUGGAGAACAUAUUGAAAAAUUACCUGAAGAUGCUAUUAUUUGUAAUGUAAGUAAAGGGAGAGAGAGAAAGUUAUUUUAUAAAAAAUUAACACAAGCAAAAGUACCCUUUUUUCUAAUAUAA